GGCCGUAGCGGAAGAUGCGCUCCUGACAACCAGCGGAGAGAUGUUGGUGUUAAAGCUUUGCGCGUCCCGGAACGCUGGUGUUUUCCCUCUGAGGAAAUUGCUUCUUCUCUCCUCGGGCUGUCACCGGUGCCUGCAGCUGAGGAGUUGGCCCACCAGAAGCUCAGAGCAUCCUUGGGAAUUCUUCAGAAGAAAUUACUCUUCUGUUACACUUAAGAAGGAUGAUGGAAAGACUCAAACCUGUGAGAAGGCUCAUCUGUUAGAGGUACUUGAAGCAAGAAUACAACAACUUCAAGCAGAUAAUGUGACUGAAAUGCAAUGUACAGAUGUACAAUUUGUGAACAGAAUAAGUAUAGCUACUCAAGGAAAUCGCACUGGGUCAGCGAAUCUCAGUUUUCUGCCGGUCAGAGAGUUUGACGGUUCUCUUAACUCAAAUACAGCAGCACUCAGAGGGGAAAGGACAGUUGAAAACCAGCUGGGUAAAAAAAACUGUGCAGAAACAGUACCUCCCAAGUCUACAUUUGCUCCCAAGAAAUGGAUAGAAAAGUUAAUUAAAGAAAAACAUAUUAAGACCAAAAGGCAGCUCAGUGUUGUGAAAAAACCAAAAGAAUGCAAGAAUAAAAAUGUAUACAAUGCUAAGAAAGUGGAACAAGGCAGAAAAAGUAGUUCAAAAGGCAAUUCGAAACCACGAAAAGUUAUAUCUUCUGCAUUGAGUACUUCACAGGCAAAAUCUCAGUUCUCCCAGGAUGGUGUUCUUACUGAAGUGGAACGUCUUGAAAAACAAGUCAGUAACUGGGACCGAACAGCUAAACUACUUGAAGAUAAUGAGGGAAAUAAAUAUGGUGACACCCAGCGACAUAUAUUAUCUUACAUUGAGGCCUGUGGAUUUAAUAAUGACUCGGACAGAGCUCAUCAGUGUGUCCUGUUCAAUCACCGCAUUCUUAUUCGUCGGAAACAUUUGAAUGUUAAGACUUACAGUACCUUAAUGCACCUGUGGGCUAAAAAGGGUUCAUUAGAACAGAUUGGCCAGCUUUUCAGCCUGGUGGAGGAAGCAGAACUGAAGCCCAAUUUAGACUGUUACAUGGCAGCACUGGAGUGUAUGGGGCGCAUGGAAAAUUGCACACCCCAUGUGAUUAAAAGGUGUAUUCAACAGCUAGAGGAAAAUGGCUUCAAAAUUCAAGAUAUAUUUAAAAAUUGUGUGUUCCAUAAAGAUGAGAGAAAAAUGGUAAUGAAAGCCAUUCGUGUUGUAAACCCCGACUUCCAGCUGAUUUCUGAACCUGAACUGCACACCCCCCAGCCUCCAUUGGUGAAAAGUUUUUACUCAGAGGUUGGUCCUGUCAAAUACCCCAAAUUGGAUCUCAGUUUUGCAGAACUGAAGGAGAGAUUUGACAGACAGCUAAAGAAGGAGCAAGCAGAUACUCUUUCUAUUGAUUCCGUUGAAGUAACAAAACCCAUUACGGAGAAGAUGAUAAAAAUGCGGAAACGCCUGGCAGGUUUGCGUGCCAAGUGGCAAAAACAUCUUCUGUGGGCAUUUCGAGAAAGCAAGUUUCAUUUGGCUGAUGAUGGAAGUUCUCCUUGGAAAAUGAACCUCUAUCCUUUUCUUUGCCUGCUGGAUGAUAAAGAGUACGUGGACAUCAUGCUUCAGUGUAUUAACAGUAUCCCUCCAAAUGGAGAGGCAUUGGUGAUAAUUGCAAAGGAAUUGGGCAACAGAGUCUACAACAAGUAUUCAAUACGAAGGAAGAUUAAAAAUGAGAUGGUGGACAAAAUGAAAGACAUUUAUCACGCCUACGCUGAACUGUUGGCAAAGGAUGCAGAGCUGAACAAUUUCCUGCCUCGUGAGUACAUGACGCAUCUGGAAAGAAAGAUGAACUCGGGUCCUUCACUGAUCAGUGAAGAUUCUUCCUGGCCACAUGUUCUGGUCGUACAAUUGGGAACUCAUCUCGUGAAUCUGAUGGUUCGUGAAAUUAAGAUCCCCAUAAACACCCAAAACGAAGCUCAGAAAAAUCUUAUUCCUGUUUUGUAUCACAUGUACAGCUUUCGCAGUAACAAACAGAUUGGCUUCAUCAAACCACAUCCUAUUCUAACUCAAAUGAUUUCUGAAGCUGCAGAAACAACUUUGACCUUUGACUCCUGUGUCAUGCCAAUGGUAUGCCCACCCAUCCCAUGGACUUCGCCUAGGUUUGGCGCCUAUGUUCUGAGUCCCACGAAGCUGAUGCGGUGCUUGGAAGGAGCCCUACAGCAUCAGUUGCUUUUGGAAAAGUGUAAAAGCAGUAACUUACACGCAGUAUUAGAUUCCCUUAACCAACUUGGAAACUGUGCUUGGAAAGUGAACAAACCAAUGCUUGAUUUAAUUAUCUCUAUUUUUAAUGACAAAGGAAGUGAGAAGCUGGAGGUCCCACCUCCACUCUCUGAAGCUCCAGAUAUGCCCAAGUAUGACUCAAAAUCUGACAUGACUCCAGCAGAAAAAUCUUUCUUGAAAAGAAAAAUGGCUUGGGUCAGGAAAAAAUCAGCUGAAAUGCACAGCCUUCGAAUGGAUGCCCUUUAUAAGCUUUCCAUAGCCAAUCAUCUCAGAGAUGAUGUAUUCUGGUUUCCUCACAACAUGGACUUUCGAGGAAGGACAUACCCUUGCCCUCCAUACUUCAAUCACCUCGGCAGCGAUGUUACUCGUGCCGUAUUAUUAUUUGCGGAAGGAAAGCCUUUGGGAGAACAUGGAUUAAAUUGGUUGAAAAUUCACCUUGUUAAUUUAACUGGGUUUAAAAAAUCAUGCUCCCUCAAAGAGAGACUUUCUUAUGCUGAUGAAGCAAUGGACGACAUCUUGGAUUCAGCUGAUAAGCCUUUAACAGGGAGGAAGUGGUGGAUGGAUGCAGAUGAGCCUUGGCAAGCUUUAGCAUGUUGCACAGAGAUAGCACAUGCUGUGAGAUCACCUGAUCCGACUAAAUAUGUCUGUUAUUUCCCAGUCCAUCAGGACGGGUCUUGUAACGGUUUGCAACACUAUGCUGCUCUAGGACGUGAUGUAAUUGGUGCAACCUCUGUGAACCUCAUGCCCUGUGAGAUACCACAGGAUGUCUAUAGUGGAGUGGCAGAGCAGGUUGAAGAAUUUAGAAAAAGGGAUGCCGAAAAAAAUGUAAAGGUUGCUCAAGUGUUAGAAGGUUUCAUUUGUCGUAAAGUCGUGAAACAGACUGUGAUGACUGUGGUAUAUGGUGUGACACAGUUUGGUGGGCGCCUCCAGAUUGAAAAAAGGUUGAAGGAGAUUGAAGAUUUUCCAAAGGAAUAUGUGUGGGAUGCUUCAUAUUACUUGGUGCACCAAGUGUUUAACAGCUUAAAGGAGAUGUUUACUGGUACCAGGGAAAUUCAGGACUGGCUAACAGAAAGUGCCCGACUAAUCGCACAAUCAGGAAGCUCAGUAGAGUGGGUGACUCCACUUGGUUUGCCAAUCGUACAACCAUACCACAGGACCAGAACUACAUUACUCAGAAGCAGCCUUCAGAACUUAAAGAUGCAGAUAAGUCAUGAUGCAACUCAGCAACCUGACACAGUCAAACAGAAGAAUGCUUUUCCACCAAACUUCAUUCAUUCUCUUGAUUCAACUCAUAUGAUGUUAACAGCACUCUAUUGUUACAGAGCUGGCGUAACAUUUGUCUCUGUCCAUGACUGCUUCUGGACCCAUGCUAUGACAGUUGAUAUCAUGAACAAGAUUUGCCGUGAGCAGUUUGUUGCCCUACACAACCAGCCUAUUCUUCAAGAUCUUUCUACUUUCCUUGUAGACAAAUAUCGCCAUAACAUUCCUAUUGGCAAGAAAACUAAACAGCUUCAGGAAUACAAAAGAAUGCUGCAGGUGCUGUCCAAAGUUCUGAAGACAGGUGAAUUUGAUCUAGAGAACGUAAAAGAGUCCACCUACUUCUUCAGCUGAACAUAAAGAAUGCUGGGUUAGCCAUCUGACAUUGUCUGCCUUAAAUGCCCAGUGGAAUUCCCCCCAUUGGACCUUUGCUGAGGAGUAAUUUCAUUGAAAUGGUUAUUUUUUAAUUAUACACUGGACUUGUGUAAAUCUUUGUAUAUUUCUGAUAUGAACAGUGGAAACUUAAACUACCCCCUACAGCUGAGCUCCCUUUGUACUCAAGGAAUAAAUUAUUGUUGAUGUAAAGGAAAAUCUUUCUGUUUAUAUUAUUGUGUAAUUAUGUAUGCUUUGCUGCAAAUAAACUGAAGCAGACAUAUUUUUAAACUGUUACUUUGAUACUGGUCAUUCUUGGCCAGUAGAAGCCAAUAAUUAUCCUUUGGAAGACCAAACACAGCACUCUGCUUGGGUAUUGAUUAUGAGAGCACUGUGAAUCGAGUACAUGAAGGCCCAUUCCAUCUUGCUAAAUUGGAAUUUAAAUGAUUUGGCCAUCUUAAAAAUGAGUUAAGCUAACUUACUUUCAUUUGAACAACAAUAGGCAACUGCUUUCCAUAGGUAAUCUCAAUCUAUUUCAUGGUAUUCCUGGUACCAUUUCUUGAUUUUGGAGGCCAGACAAGAUUGUUAAAAUAUUGACCUUGAUAUAGAUAACAUCAUUUAUGGUUCAGUAACCUGGUGAAUGUAAGGUGACAAUAUCCACAGUGAUGAAACAAAAAUCUGAAGUGGGGGGUCCUUAGGAGAAUGUCCUUGGGGUAGCAUAGAGCACCUUCAUGGCUUCUGAGAUUGUUUUCAUUUAAAUUCUGUAGGUCUUGGCUUUGAAAUAUUAUUCCUCUAAUAUACUGUGCAUUGAAGAAAAUGUAAAUUAUAUUAUGUUCUUUAAAAAUGUAGAUGUCCAUUUAGUUUUCAUGACUACAAAUUUAGUUAAAAACCUAUUGUGACCCCAGACCCCAACCUCAGACAACAGAGAAAUUGUUGCAUUUCUUGUUUUAAACUGUUAUGAAUUUUGUCUUACAUAAAAUUUCAUGGCUGAGAAAUUCUACUUUUUGUAAUAAAAAUGUGCCAUCAAAAAU